UACUGAGGGAGAAAGGAGCAGAGGACCCGCCUGUGCAGAGUCUGUGGGUGCCACUUGCCUGCUGAGCUGCAGCAGGAGUUCCAUUUGCAAGAUGCAGCUGCUACUGGCCCUGGUAGGGGCCCUAGCCACAUUCAUCUUCACCCAGCCCUCUGAGGGCACUGCUCCAGAGUCCCCUGGUCCAGUGGAGAAUUCAGUCCUCCAAGACUGCAUAGCAGAGGCCAAGUUGCUGGUGGAUGCUGCCUACAAUCGGACACAGAAGAGCUUUACGCAGCGCCUUCGCAGUGGCUCGGCCAGCCCCAUGGACCUCCUGGCCUAUUUCAAACAGCCAGUAGCAGCCACCAAAAGAGUUGUUCAGGCUGCCGAUUAUAUGCAUGUGGCCUUAGGGCUGUUGGAAGAGAAGCUUCAGCCACUGGGAUCCAGCCCCUUCAAUGUCACCGAUGUGCUCACUGAACCACAGCUGCGCCUGCUGUCCCGGGCCAGCGGCUGUGCUCUCCAGGACCAGGCAGAGAAAUGUAGCAACAAGUAUCGAACUAUCACGGGGCGAUGUAACAACAAGAAGAUCCCCUGGCUGGGAGCCUCCAACCAGGCCCUGGCCCGCUGGCUGCCGGCUCAGUAUGAAGACCACAGGUCUCUCCCCUAUGGCUGGACCCCGGGCAAGAGGCGUAAUGGCUUCCUCCUUCCUCUCGUCCGGGCUGUCUCCAAUCAGAUUGUGCGCUUCCCCAGCAACAAGCUGACCUCAGACCAGGGCCGGGCCCUCAUGUUCAUGCAGUGGGGCCAGUUCAUCGACCAUGACUUAGACUUCUCCCCAGAGUCCCCAGCCAGAGUGGCCUUCAACAUGGGCGUGGACUGUGAGAAGACCUGUGCCCAGCUGCCUCCCUGCUUCCCCAUCAAGAUACCACCCAAUGACCCCCGCAUCACGAACCAGCGUGACUGCAUCCCUUUCUUCCGCUCUGCACCUGCAUGCCCCCAAAACAAGAACAAAGUCCGCAACCAGAUCAAUGCACUCACAUCCUUCGUGGACGCCAGCAUGGUGUACGGCAGCGAGGUCUCCCUUGCCUUGAGGCUCCGCAAUGGGACCAAUUACCUGGGGCUGCUGGCCACCAACAGGCGUUUCCAGGACAAUGGCCGAGCCCUAUUGCCUUUCGACAACCUGCACGAUGACCCCUGUCUCCUCACUAACCGCUCGGCGCGCAUCCCCUGCUUCCUGGCAGGUGACACCCGGUCAAGUGAAACCCCCAAACUGGCGGCCAUGCACACCCUGUUUGUGAGAGAACACAAUCGGCUGGCCUCGGAGCUGAGGCGCCUGAAUCCCCACUGGAGUGGAGAUAAGUUGUACAACGAAGCCCGGAAGAUCGUGGGCGCUAUGGUCCAGAUCAUCACCUACCGAGACUUUCUGCCUCUGGUUCUGGGCAAGGCCCGGAUCAGGAGAACCUUGGGUCCCUACAGAGGGUACUGCUCCAAAGUGGACCCUCGUGUCGCUAAUGUUUUCACACUGGCCUUCCGCUUUGGCCACACCAUGCUGCAGCCCUUCAUGUUCCGCCUGGACAGCCAGUAUCGGGCCUCAGGACCCGACUCCCGCGUUCCACUUAGCUCUGCAUUCUUUGCCAGCUGGCGUAUCGUAUAUGAAGGUGGCAUCGACCCUAUCCUCCGAGGUCUCAUGGCCACCCCCGCCAAGCUCAACCGGCAAGAUUCCAUGCUGGUGGAUGAGCUACGGGACAAGCUGUUUCGGCAAGUGAGAAGGAUUGGUCUGGAUCUGGCAGCUCUGAACAUGCAGCGUAGCCGAGACCAUGGGCUUCCAGGAUACAAUGCCUGGAGGCGCUUCUGUGGGCUUUCCCAGCCCCGCACCUUGGCCCAGCUUGGCCAGGUGUUAAAAAAUCAAGAUUUGGCAAGGAAGUUUCUGAGCCUGUAUGGGACACCUGACAACAUUGACAUCUGGAUUGGGGCCAUUGCAGAGCCUCUUCUGCCAGGGGCCCGAGUGGGGCCUCUUCUGGCUUGUCUUUUUGAGAACCAGUUCAGAAGAGCCAGAGAUGGAGACAGAUUCUGGUGGCAGAAAUGGGGAGUUUUCACUAAAAGACAACGCAAAGCCCUGAGACAAGUUUCUUUAUCUCGGAUCAUAUGUGACAAUACUGGUAUCACCACAGUUUCGAAGGACAUCUUCAGGGCUAACAUCUACCCACGGGGUUUUGUGAGCUGUAGCCGUAUUCCCAAGUUGAACCUGUCAGCCUGGCGAGGCAAAUGAAGCUUC